AUGGCUGAGGAGCUCAUUGAAGUUCUGAUGAUACGGUUUCGUAGUGAUAGGACUGAAAGCAUCGAAUCACACAGGUCUCAGAAUGCGAAUAUGAAGUGGAUACUCUCUAGAGCGAAGGCGAAAUGGACUUACCAAUGUUUUCGUUACUUUUCCCUUCGACCUGAUGAUCCAACCAAACUUGUCGAUCUAAGCAAGUAUCCACCAGAUAAGAUUAGGAAUUUCAGCAUUGUUGCACAUGUAGACCAUGGAAAAAGUACUCUGGCGGAUCGUUUAUUGGAAUUGACUGGAGUGGUAAAACCGGGGGAACGAAAUGAACAAAUGCUAGAUCGUUUACCAGUUGAGAGAGAAAGAGGAAUUACGGUGAAAGCUCAAACUGCAGCUUUACCGUAUAAGGAGUAUCUGCUCAAUCUUAUUGAUACUCCUGGUCAUGUCGAUUUUUCUGCCGAAGUUGCUCGAUCUCUAGCAGUUUGUGAUGGGAUUUUGUUAGUCGUUGCUGCUAAUCAGGGAGUCCAAGCUCAGACGAUUGCCAAUUUUUGGCUUGCGUUUGAAAGAAACAUAAACAUGAUUCCUGUUAUCAACAAAAUCGACUUAAGUGGAGCUAACAUACCAAAAGUAGAAACCCAACUGAAGAAUCUUUUCGAGUUUAACCCUGAAGAAUCCCUGAAGAUAUCUGCAAAAUCUGGCUUAAACGUGGAACGACUGCUUGAUGCCAUCGUCGAGAGAGUCCCUUGUCCAGUUACAAAUAAGGACGCACCUUUCCGUGCCCAGAUAUUCGACUCUAUGUUCGAUCACUUCCGUGGCGCUAUAGCAUUUAUUCUUGUCACUGAUGGUAGUGUUGAAAAAGGUGCGAAGAUUCGUUCUUACCAUUACGGAAAGGAGUAUGAGGUUUCAGAAGUAGGGGUGAUGCGUCCAGACAUGACACCAUGCUUAUCUCUCAGUGCUGGACAAGUGGGAUAUAUAAUUUGCAGCAUGAAAACAGUGAAGGAAGCAACUGUUGGCGAGACUUUAUUCGCUGCUGAGAAAUUGGAUUCAGUAGAACCAUUCCCUGGAUUCAAGCCAAUAAAACCAACAGUUUAUGCUGGUUUGUUCCCUGUAGAAACUUCUGAGUACGACGGACUCAAGCAGGCGGUUGAGCGACUUAGCCUGAACGACCCCUCCGUUGUGGUGAUGCCAGACUCGAGCCCGGCUCUCGGGCUAGGAUGGAAGGUAGGAUUUCUCGGCGUGUUGCACAUGGAGGUGUUCGGUGCACGCUUAGAUCAGGAAUAUGGUGCCAGUGUCAUUUUGUCCCAACCAUCGGUGGAAUAUAGAGCUAUAGUAAAGGACAGUGAAACUAUUCGCAAGAAGCGAUUUGAUGGGAAAAGUGAGAUUAGCAUUUUGGAUGCGAGCAAGUUUCCGGAAGAAGGAGACAUUGAAAAGUUCCUUGAGCCAGUCGUUAAGGUUCGCAUUAUUGUUCCUGCUGAAAUGAUGGGUGCUGUGAACGGUUUGUGUUCUGAAUGUCGAGGACAACGCGGCGAUAUCAGCUCCAUAGACGAGGAUAGACUAAUGAUCAUUUGGAGGUUACCACUUGCUGAAGUUGUUGUCGACUUCUUUGAACGAUUAAAAAGACUCACUUCUGGAUAUGCAUCUUUCGACUAUGAACAAGAUGGCUAUAUAGAAACGAAGCUCAUCAAGUUGACUAUCACGAUAAAUGGGCGCGAGGUGCCAGAGUUUUCCCAAAUCAUUCCUGCAGCAAUGGCACGUGAGCGUGCUAAGUUGUUAGUGCAUCGAUUAAAAAGGGAGAUCCCUAGGCAGCAGUAUGAAGUGACUAUCAAAGCCUGUGUUGGUAGCUCCACAAAGGCGUUAUCCCAAGUCUCAAUACAGCCGAUGAAGCGCGAUUUUACACAAUUGCUCAAGGGGAACUUUGGAGGUGGAGGCAUGGAACGAUUAAAUAAGAAGCUCAGCCAUCAGAAAAAGGGUAAAGAAAAAAUGAAACAGAUAGGCAAUGUACAAAUACCAAAGGAGGCAUUCCUUAAUGUGCUUAGGAAUUGA